AUGUCAGUGAGCAAGGUGCCAAAUGGCAAUCAGGAAUUAUUUCCCUGUGAAGUCUGUGGAAGACGCUUCGCAGCAGAUGUUCUGGAAAGGCAUGGACCAAUAUGUAGAAAACUCUUCCACAAAAAGCGUAAACCUUUCAAUUCCUUGAAACAAAGAUUACAGGGCACUGACAUUCCCAUGGUGGGGAAAGCUCCUCAGUCAAAGCCUCAAUCUGUGAGGAAAUCUAACUGGAGACAACAACAUGAAGACUUCAUUAAUGCUAUUCGAUCAGCAAAGCAGUGUACACUAGCCGUUAAAGAAGGCCGGCCACUCCCCCCACCACCCCCUCCAUCCAUCAACCCAGAUUAUAUCCAGUGCCCAUAUUGUAUGAGGAGGUUUAAUGAAACUGCAGCCAAUCGACAUAUUAAUUUCUGCAAGGAUCAGUCUUCUCGCCGAGUCUUUGAUCCAGCCCAGAUGGCAGCCAAAUUGGCAUCCAGAGCGCAGGGUAGGGCUCAGAUGACUCCAAGAAAAGAACCGACCGUCACCAGAGUUGUGGGAGCUCUGCUACACAACAGGGCCCUGGAGGCCUCGAGUGUGACCCCAACCAGGCCAGGAUUAGCUGUGGACCCUGCUUCUGGAGCAAAACUGAGACAAGGAUUUACUAAAUCUUCUAAAAAAGAUUAACUCCUAGAGACCAGGUAAGAAAAAAAAUUAACCUUGAAUCCAGGUGUUGCUAAUCCUCUAAUGUGCAGGCUCAGUUAAUGAGCCUAUAAGAGAAUGAAUCCGUAGCAGGCACCCCCAAAGAGGAAUCUGGGCAAACCCUGAGUUGGGUUAAUAAAAUGU